AUGGCGGACGUGUCUGAGGGAGAGCAACACGAAGGCACAGGGGUGGAGUUGCAGCAGCUCACAGCCGCGCAUCGCAGAACCUCCUCCGAUCCUGGGGAGCGGCGGAUCAGACAAGAGCCCAGGGUGCCUGGACCGCAAAAUGAUGCUACGGCAGACAUACAAGACCAUCCCGCGAGCUCAACUCCCCAAAGCUACUCUCACUGGAACCCUGAACCCGGCUUCGAUCUAGUCGAUGGAGAUAUCAAUGGCCCUGGCUACAAUGAGACCGAGGUUGAUAUUAUCGCUGUGCCUUGCCCGGGUGCUUCACCUUUGGACACAUGGACGAGAGAUCCGCUGCCGGAAGGGUAUUUUGGAACGACGCAAGCGGAGUUGGGGAGCUAUCCGACUGCGAAAGAGCUCCCCGGGCAUGCCAUCCUUUCUCCCGCGAUCAACCGACAUCUACCAAAGGCGCAACCAUUGUGGGUUCGGCAGGGCAUCCGCAUGGAGGCAGACACUGCGCGCGUGAUGUUGUAUCGGCACCGUGUGCUACAAGAGGGUGUCACCCUGGAGCAGCUUGCCGAUGAUCUGAUUCAGAACCUUUGCCAAAUGCGCGCGGGCCACGAAAAGGCGCGGCCGAUCUUCUUUAUUUGCCAUAGUAUCGGUGGCUUGGUAGCCAAGCGGGCACUUGUCAAGGCGAGUCAGGACGAGAAACUGCGUUGGAUCAUAUUUGAUUGUCAUGGAAUGACCUUUUUCGCCACGCCUCACCGUGGUUCAAGCUAUAUGUCGAUGCCAAAUCUUCGUGAUAGCAUUCAACAUCUUCUUUGCCUGUCAACGCCUUUGCCGCGGUCAAUGACUGACGAGCUUCGGCUCAACCACCGUCCGCUGCUGAAGCUCCACGACCGCUUCACUGAUAUCGCAAGCGAGAUGCAUAUAUGGACUUUCUACGAGACUAUGGACUCUCAGCUUUCUGGCCUCGGCGUGUCUGAAUUCGACGAGGUCCACUUCAGUGCUCCGCUUGCGUCCAUUAAAUCAUGCCUGGUAGGAGGCAGAUACGAACAAGCCUUCUCUCUUGAGAGUGUGCAUACGAAUUGCGCAUCUUUCGGUUCCAAAAAUAUGCGGACUAUGGACUCCUAUCUACAGGAUCUGGGACAGGCUGUCAAGAAGGCUCAGAAGCUCAGCUCAUCUUACGUCCAUACGCCGCUGAAGUUGGCUGACAACGUCAAGCUGGAGCUUAUUGGGUUCUAUGACGACCCUGAUCCCGACACUGUGUCUGAUGUCAGACUCUACGUGUCAAAACACUAUCUGAACGAGUUUUUACAGAAAGGUCCGGAAGAUUGCUUGAGAGAACGUCUGAACACAGUGGCGGCCAAACCGCAGCGAGGAGCUACGCUUCCUCCACCAAGGCCAAGCUCCGGCGGGUUCGGCAACAUCGGGUCUGGCGCCCUAGGUAUAUGGAACAACGUUCAGGGGCUUGGACAACGGAUCCUUUCUGGUGGCUCUGCUCGUUCUGGAAGUUCACCAUCAAGCCCACAUCCACAUCCAGAGACUGGUGAAGCACGCCCCGAAAUUGUGGUGACGAACCAUGGUCAGCGGCCGGCCAUUGCCGAAGGCCAAGGCCGUGUCGUGUCCGAGCCCACAGUAAUGCCCUUGAGGAGCCGUGGACUUACUGUGCCUUCCCUUUCGACGCCAGGCUUUCAUCGACCGAGUAGUCAGGGAAGCAAUCGCAGUGAUCCGACAGACAGCGAUGAAACCGCACAUACGUUGAUCAACGCCACUGAGAACAACAUCUCACCAAACACCACUCCAAUAGAGCCCCUAGGUUCCCAGGCCACCCAGGAUGCUGUUCCGGGCAUUGACGAGCGCGACUUCAAUCCAACUGCUGCAAAGGCUAGAAAGGACAGAAUCAGUCGAGUAUCAGCCCUGCAGGAAUUGACGGCCGGCUUCUCUCGACCUGACCCCUCAAAGCGGAAGUUUAUGUGGAUUCACCUGCCGUACACCAACCCACACUGGGUCAAGAGUAUCUUUGAUAAACUCUCCGAAAGCCAACAAUGGAACUAUACACGACUACUGAGGAAUGAGUACUGGGUCGAUAGACAUGUACAUGGACGGCAUGGACAAGCUCAUGCCUCCUACGUGAAGCCGGGUUGCGGCUUUGUGCCAGCCGAAGCUCAUUCCCCUCGCCCUCCCUCACCAAGUAUUAGCGGACGCAGUAGUCCAGCACUGAACAGCCCACCACACAUCUACCUCUACCUUCCUUAUUUGCACUUUGAUACAUAUCUCAACCUUGUACGGCGGCGAAACAUCAUUCGUAGGCGCAUGGGUCAUGGUAGGGCAAGGCCCGUGCCUAAAGAUGUUGCCGAACUGGAUUCGCUUGAUCUCCGAGUGAUUUGGGAGUUCAUCGGACAUGAUCCACCGCUGAAUACCCGUCGCACAAUUGAUCAGUAUGGAUAUCCAUCGCUUCGAGAUACUUAUGCGCGCGACGAUGACCAAAUGCUCUACAAGCUUACUAAGGAGCGCAUCACCCUCCCAUUCAAGAACAAAAGAGACAUAUUCCGGACUCGGGCGAUGAGAGAGCAGUCUACAGCGUCACCAGUUGGCCGCUUCGCUUCCGUAGUCGACACUGUUAAGUCAGAGCUAUUCAUCCACGACAAGCGCGAAACCACAACCGAGAUAGAGGAAGAUCUGCUAGACGGCAACGUCUUGAUGGUGGACCAACUCUGGCUCUGGGCGGUUGACACUACUACACUGACUACCUUCUUUCCGAAGAGGGAUUCGCACCCAACAGAAGGACCCAUGUUUCAACAGGCCGAUCUGAGGAACAGCGUCUAUAACGAACUCAACGGUGACCUGACCGGACGUUGCGAGAACUCCCUAGACCUCGCAGCUUUCAUUACCUUGCACGCAGUGACCGUCCUCCUGGACAGGACCUCGCACCCCGACCUCGAGAUAUUCCGCAUCUUUGAGGAGGCCAUCGGCAUUCUAACCGAGCGCAUGACGUCCUCUCUCAAGCGGUUCAGAAUGCAGACCUUCCGAGACAGGAUCGCCGAUUCCGAUUCAGACGGCUCCGACUUUGAGGACAACCGCUCUGAGUCCAUCAAGCAGCGCCACAAGCGCGAGCUCGAGCAGGCUGAGCGAGAGAACCGCGAGAACACGUCCGCGCUCCUCGAGCUGCGCGACAUGGACGACGAGCUCAACACGAUGAAGACGCUGUUCGCGGAGCAGACAGACGUGAUAGGGAAGAUGCGCGACCUGUACGACAAGCCCGAGCUGCGCGAGCACACGCACAACGGGCGCGCGUUCCUGGACGAGGCGCUGGCACGGCUCGAGGACUACGACAAACAGGUCUCGGACAUGAGCUACCGCAUCGACGUGACCCGCAAGGACUACGAGAAGCUGCUGGAGAUGGUGCAGCGCCAGGCGCAGGUGGACGAGGUGCGCUGGAGCCGCCUGCAGACGGAACUGGCCAGCACGCAGAACCUGAGCGUCAUGAUCUUCACGACCUUCACCGUCAUCUUCCUGCCCCUGAGCUUCUUCACCAGCCUUUUCGGCAUGAACACCAAGGAGUGGGGCGGCGACGAGGACAAUUUUGUCAGCCUGCGCGACAUCGGCGCCAUCUCGCUGCCCGCGUCGGCGGGGCUCAUCGCCCUUGCGCUUGUCGCGGCGUUCAGCAGCCGCGUGCAGAGCGGGUUCAAAUGGGUCUUCCGCGUCUCGAGGAGCGGGGUCGCUGGCAUGAAGGAGAACUUGGGGAAGAUGCGGACGGAUAAGCAAAAGGAGGCGCGGCUGAGUCGGAAUAGGUUAAAGCAGGAGCGCGAGAGGCUGGGCCGGCGCAAGAGAGAGCGUGGGUACGACUUCUGGGAGACCGUGAGGCUGGAGCGCAAGAGUGAAUAUCAGAUCCCCGAGCUGAACCGGAAACGGGCUACGAGGCGGAGGUUGGCUGGCAAGGGGACGUGGAGGCAUGCAAAGGGGUAA